AUGCAGACUGCUUCUACAAACAUUUGUGAAAGAAUGGGUUGCUCUCAGGAGCUCAGUGAAUUCAAGCAUCGUACCGUAAUAGGUUGCUACCUGUGCAAUAAGUCCAUUCAUGAAAUUUCUUUCCUACUUAAUAUUCCAUGGUCAACUGUUAAUGGUAUUAUAACAAAGUGGAAGUAACUGGGAACAACAGCAACUCAGCCACGAAGUAGCUAGGUAGUAGGGCGGGGUCAGAGCAUGCUGAAGCACACAGUGUGCAGAAAUUGAAAACUGUCUGCAGAUCGAUAGCUAAAGACCUACAAACUUCGUGUUGGAUUAGCCCACCCAACAGUGCAUAGAGAGCUUCAUUGAAUGGGUUUCCAUGGCCGAGCAGCUGCAUCCAAACCUUACAUCACCAAGUGCAAUGCAAAAUGUCGAAUGCAGUGG